UUUUUCUAUCAAAAGCCAGGGAAACAUGCUGAUAUGUUUACGGCUGAGAUGAUGCUAGCUCAGGACUCCUGAACAGAACCCCGGCGAAAACGUGUAUGACAGAAGUUAUUUAACUACAGAUCACAUAGGAUUGAUCAUUUAAAACUAAACAAUUUGUGAAUUAGCUUCUUGUAUCAACAGAACCUCCAUGUUACUUUGCGGAGGACGUGCCAUCUACAUAAUUUAGUGCAAGCAUGUCAUCUUCGAUCACAGUUCCUGUAAUUGAUGUCCAAAAUAAUAAUUUUAAGGAGCUCUGGCCAGCGUUGGUAGUCGCCAUCCAAUCUUCAUCUUUCAUUGCGCUUGACACGGAACUGAGUGGUCUGGGAAACAGAAAGUCUCUGCUGGCUGAAUCUAUAGAGGAUAGAUACAAAGCAAUAUGUCACGCUGCUCGCUCGCGCUCCAUCCUGUCCUUGGGAAUUGCUUGUUACAAAAAGUUGGACCAAAAGCCUGCAGACUCGUACCUGGUCCAGGUGUACAACCUCACCUUGCUGUGUUCAGAGGAGUACAUAAUAGAGCCCCAGUCAGUCCAGUUCCUGGUUCAGCACGGAUUUGACUUCAACAAGCAAUACAGCAAUGGAAUCCCAUACUGCAAGGGCAACAAUAAGGGCAAUGCGGAUGACCAUGGGGUCCACAUCAGAACUUUGUUUACUGAGCUGCUGCGCGCCAGGAAGCCCCUGGUGCUUCACAACGGCCUCAUCGACAUGGCCUUCCUUUACCAGAGUUUUUAUGCUCACCUCCCUGAGCGGCUGGUCACCUUCACAGCCGACCUGUCUGAGAUGUUUCCUGCUGGCAUUUACGACACCAAAUAUGUGACCGAAUUUGAGCUCCGGCUGACUUCGUCCUAUCUGGAGUAUGCUUAUAAGAAGUGUAAACUGGAAAACAGCCGCGGCAUCACUUCAGGUUCGCCUGGACCUCAUAUGCAUUUAGAAUUUUGUCAGUAUGCGGGUCACCUGUCCACAUACAUCGACUACAGAGAGUGUCCGGCUGUAGCUUCCAUAGAGGGACAGACGGACAUCUGUCAGCGCUUUUCAGCUUUCGGCUGGUGUCCAAAUGGCACCAAGUGUUCGUUUUCCCAUGACACAGACCUGAUCAUCCUGCAGGAUGAGAAAUGCAAAGAAGACAAAAAGAAAAAGCGGAAGAGGCAGAGAGAGAAAAAAGGUUUAGGUACAGCAGAGGACGGCUCCAUCUUUGAUGGUGCCCCACAGAAUAAAAUACCCAACAUGGAAGUUGAUAAGGAAGAAGGAGGAAGUGACCAACAGGAGGCAGAUGAGAAAUCCUGCUCUGACGGAGUCCCUCAAAUAGACCCUGAUGGAAACUCUCAUCAAACAGACGAAGGGGAGAAUAAGAAAAUCGAAAACGAUGAAGGCAGAAUGAGCAAAGAUAAAACAAAAAGCAGAGACUGCUCUGAGGUUACUGGGGACCAUUCAGUAGAGUCUAAUGCUCAGAAGAAGGCAGAUGCAGGAUCACAUCGAGCAGGGUUUGAUGCCUUUAUGACAGGGUAUAUCUUUGCCUACUCGCACAUCCUCAGCAAGAACGAGGAAGCUGGGGUGGGAAGAGUCGAGAUGGAGUCGGAGCCGUCCUGGCUCCCCGCAUGUAUCAAUAAGAUCUAUCUCAGUGGCAAAGCUGCUCCUCUCAACGUGGUGAAAAGCACCUUUUCCAAAUCUUCUAAGGCUCACAUUCAGAAGAUGGAGAUGGUUUGGGGGAGGAAGUUGUAAUAGUUUUUUUUUUUUUUAACAUCAUGUCUGUCAUUUUAUCUUACAUAAGAUCAUUUAAUAGUUCUAUUUUUAUUUGAGCAGCUGUUUCUUGGAGACUGUUAUUGACCUAACCCAAAUUGAGCCAGGUUCAGUUAUAUAAUCAAUUUAUGUAAAUGGUGAAUACAAUUGACAUUUUUUCAUCCAUUACCCUUGUCUUUAAGCAGGCAAAUUAGAUCAAAGUGUGCCGUUAUGUGAUGGCUGUUAAGAUCAUAUUUUCUUUAAUUCUCGCUCCAAAAAA